AUGAGUUUGAUUUUAAAAGAAUUGAUUAAUCAUUCUAGAUUAUACAAUAACAAUAUUACUCAUAUAUUUGAGAGUAACCCGUAUAUAUUUACACAUGUUAUGACCAAGAAGAAAAAAAGGAAGGUCGAGAAGGUCGUUAAAACUGAAGAGCAGAAACAAAUAUCUUCCAGCAACGUACUUCGACGCCAAGAUCUCAUUGGAAACCCUGAAACUUCUGAUUCAAUGUCCAAGACCAUUAAGAAACAGUUCAAUCUCGUCUCUGCCGGAUUUGUCACGAGGAAACACAUCGCAAGAUUCCGUAAAUACAAGGCGCUUCGCGAAAUUUCUAGGACUCAUGACAAAUCCUUCUUUAACUCCUAUGCUUUUGUCACUCCUCUCACCAAACUACAACAUGAAUCUAAUUUGCCGAAAACAAUAAACCACUCACGACACGACUUUCCUCAUUCACUUCAUUAUAAGGUCGAUUGGUACGGCUCAUCUUCUCCAGCUCCUCACCCUUCGGACACCUCAUUCUACAUUUCAUUCAAUUUGAGGGAACUUAACCUAUCACCAGUCCAAAUCGAUGGCCUUAAGGGAAUCAUAGGACCCAAUAGAUACGACUCAGACAGUGGCUUUUGUGUUAUCGAGUCGAAUAUUUUCAACUCUUUGAACCAAAACGCCUCAUACCUAGGUAUUCCUAACUCAAAUACACCUUAA